UGCUGCCUGUCUCCGCAGCACUGACAGAGGCUGUGCAUGUCCCUGUACUAUUAGAAACUUUACCGAUUACUUUUUGUUUUGUAGUUUUCAUUAUUUUUUUGAGAGCUGAGCCACUGAAAAAAGGAAGCGAGAGCGUCAGGACGCAGAAUUUUGAGGGCAAUUAUGAAAAACGCGGAGCAGUGAAUUUUAUUUCCCGUUGACAGCUGAAAAGGAGGAGAUGGAGAACAAGGCCAUGUAUCUGAGCACAAAUGAAGAGAGAGAGAACGUCUCGAUUUAUGAAGAGGCCUAUGAUGGACACAACUUGUCCAAACUCAACCUGUGUGAUGAAGUUUCUACAAAGCGUCGCAGGAAGCAGGACCAGUGUUGCAGCCAUCUGAACUCCCUCUCAUCUAUCAAGUACGCCAUUGUUUUCCUCUACAUCCUGGUUCUUCUCACCAUAUUUGGACUUUGCCUUGCAGUCUCUCGCUCCCAGGUGUCUUCUCUGCGGCAGGAGGUGCUGACGGAGAAUGCGACCCGGAUGUCAGAGCGCUCCCAGCUGCUCCAGCAGACCCUGGGAGAGGAGUCCAAACAAGCUGACCUGCUGGAGAACAUCUGGAAACUGGAAAACCUCUUCCAGAACCACAGCAACUGGCUGCAGAGGCUGGAGAUCUUCAUCAAGGGCUUGGAGGUGGAGCUGAGGAGCAUGCAGGCUCACUCUCUACAGUCAGAAGGCUACCUGGUGCAGUUGGAUGACAGGUUGUCCUCGCUAAGCAGCUCCGCGGGUCGGAACCUGACGAGCUUGAGUUCGGAGGUGGCUCAAGCAUCCACGUGGCUUCGUGAUCACGACGUCCUGCUGAGGGAAACCUCGAGUCAUGUGAGUGAACUGAGGGAAAAAUUAGACGAGGUCAACUGGACAGUGGGAGCUGUCAACCACACCUUCAGCAACGAUGUCAGUAUUCACCAUUUGAAGAUACGUGACUUACAGAUCCAGAUCAGCAACAUAACAGAGGACACCAGCAGUUUAUGGGUGACCCACGUCCACACGGAGGCCCAGUUGAGGAAUGAGAUGGAGAUCCUGAACACAAUCACAGAGGACCUCCGUUUGAAGGACUGGGAGCACUCCAUGGCUCUGAAGAACCUCACAAUAUUAGAAGGAUUUACCGGAGAAAAAGGCAACCAGGGCCCUCGUGGAAUGAAAGGGUCUGGUGGGGUUGAUGGCACGCCGGGAGAAAGAGGAGACGUUGGACCUGCUGGGCCUAAAGGUAACCGAGGAGAAAGGGGUUUCAAGGGAGAGAAGGGUGAACGGGGUGAGCGAGGAGACAGACCAGUGGAGGAGACCUUGGUACGGUUGGUGAAUGGGUCAGGUCUUCACGAAGGCCGUGUGGAAGUUUUCCAUGAACAUCGCUGGGGAACUGUGUGCGAUGAUGUCUGGGAUAAAAAGGAUGGAGAUGUAGUCUGCAGGAUGCUGGGAUACCAAGGAGCAACUGAGGUUCAUAAGACUGGACGCUUCGGGCAGGGUACUGGUCUGAUCUGGAUGGAUGAUGUUGCAUGCGCAGGGACAGAAGACAGUAUUCACCAGUGUAAGUUUUCCGGUUGGGGCAAAACCAACUGUGGCCAUGUCGAGGACGCUGGUGUGACCUGCACCGUCUGAACUUUCAGGAUCCCAACACUGCUGCAGCUGCCAAGUAUCACCUAAACGCUGCCUUAAACUUCAAGUGCUGAAAGCCCUGCCGUGUGCAGCAAGAGUGUCAUAUUAGUAGUAUGCUGCCUACUUACCUAUAAAAAAAAGUGCCAACUCACCUGAUGCAUGAACUUAACCUGCAGCUUGGUUAGAAGUUCAUGACUAAACAUAUCUAUAUGAGCCACGGGAUUGAAUCACAGUGCAGCUUUUGCCAACAUAAAAGUUAUGUUUUCAUUAACUCUACGGUAUGAGCUGAAGGAUGAUCACAUGACAGGAUGCUUCAUGAGGCUGAACUAAAGGGCAAAGGUCAGAAUUAACAGGAAUGGAGGCUCACCACAGACCAGGUUUGCUGCUUUGACAUCCACGAGAGGAUUGCCGGAUCUGACAACUUCAUCUACAUUUCCACUUACUAAAGAGCUGAAAAGGCAUGCAAUGGAACUGACAGGACAGUCUCUGGAGAACUGGUUUUCAUAUGCAGGCAGCUGCUCUUCACAGUAUUAUUUAGCAAUGGCUUUUGCUCAGUAUACCACAGUGUUGCCUUAUUACACGUUACAGCAAUGCCCAAGUAGGUAACUGUUUGGUGGUUUGCAAACCAGGCGAUGCCACAAAAUCAAACUAAUUGAACUUUUUCGUUAUUUUUUUUCUUUUAUUUGAAUGCAAACUAAAGUACUGUUUAUAUUCACCAUUUCUCAACAAAGCAUGCUUUUCUUUCAGAUCUAUUUAUACUAUUCCAUUUGUAAAACAGCUGCAAAACGAAAUUUAGAAUUAUUCUAAAUGAAGUUUUGUUUACAGCAUCCUGUAGAUACCCCUCUUUCUGCACUUAGGGUCCAGUAAAUGGUCAGAAGUGCUCGUCACAUAGUCAAAAAGUCUCUCCACUUUCACGCUUUUCCAGUGUAUAGUUAUUGAGGUGGAGUUUAAGGCUUAAACUUUUUUAUAUUUCUGUCACUUUUUACAGUCCUUAGUGAUUAAAGCUCUAUCAGGUACUAAUAGUGAUUUUUGUUUUUUAAAGCUUGAGCAAUCUAUCAAAUCUGCAUUCUGGCAAAGAUUUUUAGCUGAUUCUUUGAGCUUAAGUAUUCUUUUUAGCAUCAGCAUCAUUUCCAGUUGCAUGGUGGUAGCUAUUUUUAUCCAAAAAGCCCAACAAAUGUUAAACCUAACAACAAAGAGUAAAACAUAAAUCAAAUAAAACAUUUCACAGCUACAAAGUCCUAAAAUAUUUCCUUCAGGAGUUUGUGAAUACCAAAAAAAAACAAUCAACACACAAUUUGGAUGCUGGACGUUUACUCAUCAGCUGAAUGUUGCUCAGUAGUCGUUUAUGUAGCAAACAAAUACACAAUUUUGAAAGCCAAUAAUAUACAAGCAGGGUCUGUUUUUGAAAUGCACAAAGUGCCAAAAAAUGUGUUUGUUUCUUUCAUGUGUGCAUCCUUUAAACUGCAAAUCACCAACCUGUGCUUACCGUGGGCUUCUAUAGUUAUGCAAAAAUUAUAAUAAUGUCAUUAAAUAACAAGUUCUGGAAAGAGUUAACAGUCACCCCUGUUGACAGAUGAAGUGAUGAUGAAGAAGAACAGAUGAGUAUAAACAGAUGGAUGCAUGGAGGCCUGCCCUGUAUGAUUUAUAACUGUGGGUCUGUCAGUGUUUACUGCCAAAAAAUUGGCUUGUUUCAGCAAUAACAUGCAUACACACAAUCUCACUCACAUCAAAACAUCAGACCAACCACAAUGGACCUUUCUCCCACAUUUUACCUCACUCUCAGUGGAAUUUCAGCUUCACGGCUGCUUUCAAAUCCAAAAACUUUGUACCUCCCAGGUUUCCUCGUCAUUGCUUCGGAGCCAGCAGAAGACAUGGAGCGGCAAGCUGGAAAAGAAUACACGCAGAAACCUGAACACACCCAUGUUUUAUAUUUGAAGUUUGGAAAGUUUUUUUAUCCACCUUAAAAAUCUGGCAAUCUCACAAACCUCAAAAGACUGAAGUUAAAUUCUCUCCAGCCUUAAAAUCUGUGAGCUGUCUUAGAUUUGUCCCACUUACUUUUUAUGAAAAUCAAUCUGCAAACUUGGUGUCUGGAUCCAAGAGAGCAGAGGAAAAAAUAUUUUGGAGAUGAACUUGACUUUGUUCUGCUGCGGCCAAAAAUGGUUUUCUCUGCCCCAUGUCUAAGUGCCUUGGUGUUUGUCGAGGUUUUUGCUUUAAACCGCAAUCCUGCCACAGCAAAACAGAAAUGCCGAACAAAAAGAGGGAGUCUGGGGAAAGAGAAAAUGAGGUGAUAAACCAGAUUCAGCAAACUGAUGUAAGUGAGAAUGGUUGAUGUGUUUUUCUUGUAUUUUCUGCAAGUAUUGACAGGGUGACUCAGGACUCGUGCAUAAUCAGGUUAUAUCAGUGUCCUUUGGCUAGCUGAUCACAUUAAAUCAUCACAUGUGACAUCUGCAUUACAUUACAUACCUCCAUCGUGUCUAGUGAAAGGCAAUGAAAACUCUGGGCUGCUGGGCUUUUCUUUCAUAAUCACUUUAAUAUAUGCAACAACAUCUGUAUUGUUGCUCAUUCUAUUUAAUGAUAUAAAACAUAUUAGAGGUCAAAUAGUUUGUCAGCUAAUCAGUACAUUAACAAAAACUCUUCACAUUAUCUUCUUAAACUUUCUGUGUGACAGGAUUUUGUAUUUUUUUUAUAUUUUAUAGAAGAAACAACAAAAUAAUCAUUAGAUAAAUCACUAAUGCCAAUAAAUGUUUCAACAAUACAGUGUUCAGACCAAAGUUUUGCCACAAAUACAGUUACAACCAAUAACUGACAUCUUCUUUUGUUGUUGUUGUUGUUUUUCUACAUUAAAGCAAAGGUAAAUCUUUCAGCUGCAGGUGUGUACAAGCAGCAGUAAGUUUGGACCGCACACAGGCUUUUACUGCCAAGCAUGAUGGGGUUUUUUUUAUUUUACCUGUUCUUAAAAUAUUUGAAAUAUUGUAUUUGCAUCACUUUGCAUCUUUGACUUUCUAUUUACUCUGCAUAAAAUCAAAAUUUGCAUAAGUUUAAUCUGGAAAGUAGACCAUUAGAUUGUAUAUAAAAGUGAGCAUUGUGGCCAGUGGCAUUACUGUUUUGGUCUUUUUGAAACUAGCCAUGAAAAGCAUGGGAGGAUCUGUCUGAGAAACUCAAUGCUGAAGAAAGAAGCCAGCCAACCAAAGGCAGGCCCUGCUUUACUAUUUUAUUCUCAAUGAAACUACAAUUUAGAAAUUAAAGAUUGUGCUAUAUUUAAAAAAUGCCUGAUAAAAAGUGUUCACUGAGGUUAAAGAUGUGCAAAUAGGCUUGUAGGCUUAUAUUUCCACCCCCUGCUGGCCAUUAAAAAGAAUGCAGGUUUAAGACUUUCACUUUUUCAGGCUAUGUCACUGAAUCCAGUUUUUGAUUGCAGCCCAAAGCCACACCCACACAAACACUGCCUGCAUCGAUAUCAUAUAAUGGAGAUUUUUUUUUUAUUGUAGAAAUCUCCAUAAAUAGUUGUGCGUUAAAGAGUAAACCCCUGGCUGGAUUUUACAGCAGAUUAUUUCAUUCUCAUUCAAAUUCUUCUUAGACAGGCAGAAGGAUAUGUGGAAAUUCUUUUUGGAGCACAGAAAGCGAUAAAGCAAAAUGUGACUGUGUGGCGGCCAGGCCUCUGAGUUUCUCUCAUUUAUCUUCUAGAGGCGUCAGAUUCAGCACUUUGGCUGCAGAGUUAUUACUUCCUUUGUAAAACAACAGCCAGAAAUAACACCCUCGACUCCUUCCAUAUUUUUUCUAUCUGUUUGUUUGUCAUCUCCUUUUAAAAAAACGAUACGUUAAGU